UCGUGUCAAUGUUCUGGAUGUUACAAAGGAAAACAUUGUGAAAAUAAUAUUGUAAAAGCUCUUGGGAUGGAAAGUGGUGCUAUCCAAGAUGACCAAGUCACGGCAUCAAGCGAAUGGGAUGCCGCCCACGGGGCUGCUAAUGGAAGAUUAAAUUUCACACCUCAAAAUGGACAAGGAGGAGGAUGGUCAUCAUUGCACCUUGAUCUUCAUCAGUGGCUGCAGGUUGAUUUUCAACGAAACACGUUUGUUACAGGAAUUAGUACUCAAGGACGCCUUUACACACAUCAGUUGGUGAAGAGUUACACCGUUUCGUCCAGCCAAGGUGGGAAAAAUUUCCAGACUUAUGCACAAGGAACAAAAGCCAAGGAAUUCCAAGGUAACAACGAUCAGAAUACGAUUGUCCAUCACACGGUGAUUCCUCAUAUUUAUGCUCGGUUCAUUCGUCUUCAUCCUACAGCUUGGGAAAAUCAUAUUUCCAUGAGAGUCGAGUUUUACGGCUGUUCAUAAGCAAUAAUAAUGUAAUGCAAUUUUUUUUAAAAGCUUGUAAUCCUGUCAAUAUUCAAGUGUUUCCCGUUGGAUAUUUAUCAUGUUGUUAGCACAAGAUUAUAUAAGUGCUUUAUAUAACAAUCUCGCUAGCUCAGCCUUGAUAAUUUUCAAUAUCACCCUCAACCACAUCCAAACAUUAUUUUAAUACUUCAGUACUGGAUGGCCAACUGAGUAUAUAAAAGUUAGUCAUUUUGUUGAUAAAAAAAAUCAAUAAAACACAGAAGCAAGGUUGUUAAAGAUCAAAAUAGAAGUAAGUCUGCCCUUUUAUUAUACCAGCUUAAUACAAAGAUACAUGUAUACUGUUUACAACAACAUAUUCAGUGCAUAAUAUUCAAGUUAACUUUAAACGGGCUUGAUACACCCGGCCCAAGUUUCCAUUUCCUGGUCGUAAAUAAUUUUCUCGUGAACUGCAUUUUCACCGAUCACGAUAUAAAUUUUUCUGUAAUA